UGCUCUCAUGCCUCCGAGACCCAGCCACCCGCCGUCAUUAGCGGACGCCUUUGCAAUGAAACCGCUAUAAUCCAGCCUGCCUUUUCUACUUUGUCUCACCCUUGACUCAAUUCACAACGGGGGAAGAAAAAGAAGAGAAACACGAGACGCACUCUUCAAUCUGUAAGUUUUCGCGUGUGUCGCACUGGAGGGGAGGAAACGAUGGCAGCCCCGGUGAAAGCAGCUUUGGCUCUUCUGGUUCUCACCGUGGCAACUGCCUUGUGUGCGGAGGUGGAGGAGCGUCUAGUGAGUCACCUGUUGUCAGCAGAUCGCUACAACAAGCUGAUCCGACCAGCUGUCAACAACAGCCAGCAGGUCACCAUCUACAUCCAGGUGUCUCUGGCCCAGCUGAUCAAUGUGAACGAGAGGGAGCAGAUCAUGACCACCAACUGUUGGCUCAGUCAGGUGUGGAAUGACUACAGAUUAAUGUGGGACCCUGAAGAGUACCAGGGAAUCAAGAAAAUCCGACUCCCGUCACAACACAUCUGGCUGCCAGACAUCGUCCUCUACAACAAGUAA